UCUCAUUUCUUCCCCAAAUCUGCUUCUCUCCUUCUCACCCCGCCAAUCCCUAAUUUCAACGGUCCUCUGAUUCCAUUUUCUCUCUCACCUCUUUAUCUGGGUUGCUCUAAUUUUCCUUCAAUUUUUCUGGGUUGUUCUUUAAUUUUUCUGGGUUUGCUCCGUUGUAGCGAGGGGAGGAGAGAGAAAAUUUUGAACUCUAUCCAUGGCGGCGUCACCACCAUCAUCAGCUCCAGAAGGUUCUGAAGACAUGCGCCGUAAAUAUAGUAGGAAGCAGAAAUCAUUGGGGCUUUUGUGUUCCAAGUUCUUGAACUUGUAUGAUAGAGAUGGUGUUGAGUCUAUUGGACUGGAUGAUGCUGCCAGUAAAUUAGGAGUUGAGAGACGCCGGAUCUAUGAUAUUGUCAAUGUCUUAGAAAGUGUUGGGGUCCUAGCAAGGAAGGCGAAAAAUCAGUAUACUUGGAAGGGUUUUAAAGGAAUUCCCAAGGCUCUUGCCGCGCUAAAGGAAGAGGGUUUGAGGGAGAAUUUUGGUUCGGCUAGUGGAAGUGGCAAAAUGAAGUUUCAUGUUUUUGAUGAUGAAGAGGAUGAAAAUUCUAAUCCUGAUACUGGAAGCCAGCCAGAAUUACCAAACAGCAACGUUAAUUCGAAACCUGACAAUAGAAGGGAAAAGUCGUUGGGACUUCUGACACAGAACUUUGUCAAGCUGUUCAUAUGCUCAAAUGUUGAUCUUAUCUCCUUGGAGGAAGCCGCAAAGAUCCUACUUGGUGAUGGUCACAACUCUAUUGUAAUGCGAAAUAAUGCAGCUAAAGUCAGACGGUUGUAUGACAUUGCCAACGUGUUGUCCUCCAUGCAACUUAUUGAAAAGACUCAGCAAACAGAGACCCGGAAGCCAGCCUUCAGGUGGUUGGGAUUGAGUGAAAGAAAGGAGGUGGCUCUGUAUAAUUUACCUAUGUCCAUUGAUACUAAGAAAAGGACAUUCGGAACUGAUGUUACUAACAUAAGUUUCAAAAGGAACAAGGAUGCUUUUCCAGCUGAAGAGGAAGGAAAACCACUCAAGCUGCAUGUGAAAACGGAAAAUGUUGAAUUCCCUACUGAGCAGAAUGCACGACCAAGAAGCUACCAGUAUGGUCCAUUUGCUCCUGUCACUGUGGCUAAAGCAGGUGAUCAGAAAAACACAAAGCGGGUUCAUGACUUGGAAAGUCUUGCCUCAGUUUACCGUCCUUUGUAUCAGAAUCAAGCUUUGAGAGAUCUCUUCGAUCAUUAUACAGAAGCAUGGAGAUCUUGGUACUCAGAAGUAGCUGGGAAGUCACUAGAACAGGUUUCCUGAUACCCUUUUCUAAUUCCAAAAUGAUGUUCAUUACUUAGAGCUUGAUUCGCGACAAUGGGAGUUUGCUUGUUUUCAACACACAAGAGGUUCAGAACAAGACAGCAGAUGGCUUUAUUGGAUGCAUUUUCUCAAUGCAUUACACAUGCAUAACAAUAGGGAGAGCUUAGUAGCUUACGGAGAAAGAAAUGUACGAAUGGGAAAAAAAACUCGACAUUGUAGAUGGAUUUGUUGUCAAAUUCCCAGGAGGUUGUUUGAGUAUAUUAUUGAUAUGCAUUGCCAUGAGCCAUCCAAUGCCCAUGUUUUGGCUAACUAGGUGUUGGCCUUUCAAUGUCGUAAAGAAUAGCUUUUUUUUAUGAAAUGUCCUAUUUUUCGAAGCGAAAUUGUGUAAAGCUAAAUUAUACUAAUCGAAAAGAAAUGUUACAAGAGAAUUGCAGU